CGCACCCGCUACCCCCGUCUGGUCUUAUCAGCAAUUCAGAUGGCAUGCAAAUCAGCAGCCUCCCUCUGAAAGAGUAGAGUGUGAGAGGGGGGGAGUGGUGGUGCAGCGCAUUCCUUGGGAAAGAAUCCUGCUCCUUUCUUCUUUCCCCACCGGCUUACCGCGAAGUAGCUUGCUCACCAGACGCAUGAGGUUUAGACGCAACAGCAUUCAUUUGACGGACUGCAGGGAAGUUGGAAGAAAGUAAACCGCACCUCAAAGCCGGAUUAUUGCUUUGUUAUUUUACUGCAACAGUCGAAAGAUUUUGCCACAAGUUAGCUACUUUUUGUGAUCCGUUUUUGUGAUCAUGGGCACACAACGGAGACAGACUAUUAGACACUUGUAUGGGUGGACAAUCCUUAUUGUCGCGGUUUUGUCUCAGCGUUGUCAUGGAACUUGUCCGGAAAAAGAGCUUCAGAGAAGAGAAGAAGAGGCGAACAUAGUUUUAACUGGGACUGUGGAAGAAAUAAUGAACAUGGACCCGGUGCACAAUACGUAUUCUUGCAAGGUGAGGGUCUGGCGUUACCUGAAAGGCAAAACGAUGGUCAAUGGGGAGGUCCUGCUGGAUGGUGGCAACAAGGUGAUGAUUGGUGGCUUCGGGGACCCUGGCAUCUGUGACAACCGGGUCUCCACAGGCGACACCCGUAUAUUCUUCGUCAACCUGGCACCCGAAUUCAUGUGGCCCGCUCACAAGAAUGAGUUGAUGCUGAACUCCAGCCUGAUGCGGAUAACCCUGCGCAACCUUGAGGAGGUGGAGAAUUAUGUGGAAGACAAACCUGUUCACUUCACGCCGGCACCCCAGCCCCCAGAUGGCUGCAGAGGCAUGCUGUGUGGCUUCGGAGCGGUGUGUGAGAGGGACCCGGCUGACCCGUCCAAGGGCGAGUGUGUGUGCAAGAGGACGACGUGUCCGUCGGUGGUGGCGCCCGUCUGCGGCUCGGACUCGUCCACCUACUCCAACGAGUGUGAGCUGGACAAGGCCCAGUGCAACUUGCAGCGGCGCAUCAAGGUGCUGCGCAAGGGGCCAUGCGCCCUGAAGGACCCGUGCAGCGACGUGACCUGCAGCUACGGCAGCACCUGCAUCCAGUCGUCGGACGGCAUGUCGGCCAAGUGCAUGUGCCCGCUGAGCUGCGAGCGGCAGGCCGAGCAGGUGGUGUGCGGCAGCGACGGCCAGGACUACCGCAACGCCUGCGAGCUCAACAAGCAGGCCUGCCGCAGCCAGAAGAACGUGCAGGUGCAGCACGAGGGACCCUGCGACCCGUGCAAGGACACCCAGAACAGCCUGAACACGGGCUGCCGUGUGGACCAGCGCAGCCGCAAGCCGGUGACCUACAGCCCACCCGAGUCCUGCCAGCCGGACCCCCAGCCCCUGUGCGCCAGCGACGGGCACACCUACCGCAGCGAGUGUGAGAUGCAGAUCACCGCCAUGCAGAAGGGCCUGGACAUCCGCAAGAUCCACCCAGGGACACUGCAGGAGGCUAGGUGCAUUGUGUCUCCACUGUAUCUGCCGCCCACAGAUGGCAAGAUGCUAUUGGCGUCGCAGGGAGCCAUCAGGUGCAUUGUGUCUCCACUGUAUCUGCCGCCCACAGAUGGCAAGAUGCUAUUGGCGUCGCAGGACGAGUGCCGCGAGGAGUGCAAGUUCAACGGCGUGUGUGUGGUGGAGCUGACGGGCGCCCACUGCUCGUGCGAGCCCAUCCAGUGCGACGGCGCCUACAAGCCCGUGUGCGGCAAGGACGGCAACACCUACACCAACGACUGCGAGCGGCGGCGCGCCGAGUGCCAGGCCAAGGCCCACAUCCCCGUCAAGCAGCCGGGGCCGUGCGACCUGAACGCGCCCAGCCCGUGCCUGAAGAAGGAGUGCGAGUUUGGCGCCGUGUGCGUGGUGCAGAACGGCAAGCCGGUGUGCGAGUGCCCCGAGGCGUGCCCGCAGGUGCCCGACCCCGUGUGCGGCAACGACGGACACACCUACGGCAGCCCCUGCGAGAUGCGCGCCAUGGCCUGUGCCCUGCAACGCCACAUCCGCAUCCAGCACAAAGGACCCUGUGAUGAGCAGUGUGCCAACUGCUCGUUCGGGGCGAUCUGCGACGGGCAGACGGGGAAGUGUGUGUGCCCCACCGAGUGUGUGGACACGCAGCAGCCGGUGUGCGGCAGCGACGGCGCCACCUACGAGAACGAGUGUGAACUCAACGUCAGGGCCUGCACCGAGCAGCUGGACCUGAAGGUGGUCGCCCAGGGAGAAUGCAAGACAUGCGGCAGCGUGGUGUGUGGCUGGGGAGCCCGCUGCGUGCUGAACCAGUGUGAGUGCCCCGAGUGCCAGAACCAGCCCUACAAGCCCAUCUGCGGCAGCGACCGCAACACCUACGACAACGACUGCGAGCUGCGCGUCGCCUCCUGCAAGCUCAAGAAGAAGAUCGACGUGCUGAAGCCAGGCACCUGCGACGAGCCAGAAUGCGGAUCUGGGGGAUCGGGCUCCGGAGAGAAUGGCUGCGAGCCGGAGAAGUGCCGACUCUUCGGCGGCUCGUGGGACGACGACGCCGAGGACGACCGCUGCGUGUGCGAGUUCAGCUGCCUGAACGUUCCCCGCAGCCAAGUCUGUGGGUCAGAUGGCACGACGUAUGACAACGAGUGCGAGCUGAAGAAGGCCAAGUGUGAGCUACAGCAGCACAUCCUCAUCCAGAACCAGGGAGCCUGCACAGCCUCCACCGCUCCACCUGGGCAAACUGCACCCCAGCACUGCAGUCAGACGGUUUACGGUUGCUGUGAAGACAACAAGACGACCGCCCUGGGUGUGGGACUGGCCGGUUGCCCAAGCAUGUGCCAGUGUAACAGCUAUGGCUCUUACGGCGGCACCUGCGACCCGACCAGCGGCCAGUGUUCCUGCAAGCCCGGCGUGGGCGGACUCAAGUGCGACCGCUGCGAGCCCGGCUUCUGGAACUUCCGCGGCAUCGUCACCGAGAACAUGAGUGGAUGCACGCCCUGCAACUGCGAUGCGGGCGGCUCGGUGCGGGACGACUGCGAGCAGAUGUCCGGCCUGUGCUCCUGCAAGCCCGGCGUCAAGGGCAUGAAGUGCAACGUGUGUCCAGACGGCAGCCGCAUGGGCAUGAGCGGCUGCGACAAAGGACCGGAGGCGCCCACGUCGUGCGAGGAGCUGGAGUGUAAAUUCGGAGCGUUCUGCGUGGAGGAGGACGGCCACGCCCACUGCGAGUGCCCGUCGCCGGACUGCGACGAGAAGAACAAGACGAAGGUGUGCGGCUCUGACGGGGUGACGUACGCUGAUCAGUGCCAGCUGAGGACCAUCGCUUGCCGGCAGGACAAAGACAUCACGGUGCAGCACCCGGGCCAGUGCACAGAACUCAUCUCAGAGUUGACCGCCAGCCCCACCACCCCCCCAACCACCCCUCCCACCGCCCACACCACCACCACCACCAAUGCCGCCGACACCACCACGCCCGACGACGACGACGACGACGACAACAUCGACACCGCGUUGCUGGUCGAUGCUCUGCCGCCCACCCAGAGAGUCACCACGGCCGCCGGCUUCACCACCCUCCGCCCCACCACCACCCACCACCACCAGCCUGCCCACUCCACCACCCCAUCCUCAGAUGACGGUGCCACCACCACCACUGCCGCCGCCGCCAGCUCCACCGCACGCUCCAGCGCGGCCACCUUCGAGGGGUCGGGCAGCGGGCAGUCCAGCGGCGACGACGAGGACGAGGGCAGCACCGCCACAGAGGCAAGCGGAGAGGCAGAGCCAGUCGGCCCCACAGCCGUGGUGACCACCAUGCCCCCGCCGGAGGAGCGCUCGUCCUGCGACAACACCCCCUUUGGCUGCUGCCCUGACGGCAGGACCGCGGCCAGCAGCCCCGAGGGCUCCAACUGCCCCUCCACCAUGAGGUUCAACGGCUUCCUGCAUCUGGACCAGGUAGAAGGCCAAGAGGUGUUCUACACACCUGAGAUGGAGGACCCCAAGUCCGAGCUGUUUGGGGAAACAGCCAGGAGCAUCGAGAGUGCGCUCAAUGAACUGUUCCGCAAGUCGGAGGUGCAGAAGGACUUUAAGAGUGUGCGCGUGCGGAACUUGGCCCCCAGCAACUCCAUCCUGGCCUUCAUCGAGGCCCACUUUGACCCAGACACCAGGUUCUCGGUGGCGGACAUCGAGGGGGCCCUGCUGAAGCAGCUGAAGGCUGCGCGCGAGCCUGGCAUCGUGGUCAAGAAGCCGGAGGAGGACAACAUCAGCUUCUCAAAUUACGGUCUCUCCACCCUGCCCUUCUUCACCACCACCACCACCACCGUUGCCGCGGCGACCACGCCCACCACCACCACCACCACCACCACCGUGCUGCCGCGGACCGCCGGGGUCACCACCCGGCGGCCGGCCGCCACCCGUCGCCCCUACCCGGUCCACCGCAACCCCACCACGCCUCCCCCGCCGGUCGUCACCAGGCGUCCCGAAGCCACCACCACCACCACCGCCGCCGCCGCCGCCGUCUCCAGCACCACCAAGGGGAUCCUGGUGCGCACCAGGCCCGUGUCCCACACCGUGUCCCACGCCGGCCGGCCCCUGAAGCCCUGCGACUCCCAGCCCUGCCGGCACGGGGGCACGUGCGAGGACGACGGAGACGACGACUUCACCUGCAUCUGCCCCGCCGGCCGCGGAGGUGCCGUCUGCGAGAAAGUGAUCAAAUACUACAUUCCGUCCUUCGGAGGUAAGUCCUACCUGGCCUUCCCCACCAUGAAGGCGUACCACACAGUCCGCAUCGCCAUGGAGUUCCGGGCCUCGGAGAGGACCGGCAUCCUGCUGUACAACGGUCACGACGACAAGAAGGACUUCCUGUCCCUGGCACUGGUCAACGGAAAAGUGGAGCUCAGGUUCAACACAGGCUCUGGCACCUGCCUGGUGACCAGCAAGGUGACGGUGAAGCCCGGCCGCUGGCACCAGCUGGUGAUGACUCGCACCCGCCGCAACGCCAUGCUGAGCGUGGACCAAGAGUCCCAGGUCGAGGGCCAGAGCCCACCGGGCACCGACGGCCUCAACCUCGGCACCGACCUGUUCAUCGGCGGCACGCCAGAGGAGAUGGCGCAAGAUGUGAAGGAGCGGGCAUCCAUCUCCGUGGGCCUGGUGGGCUGCGUGCGCAUGCUGGACGUCAACAACAUGCUGUACAACCUGCAGGAGAACGGCGAGAACGUGCUGUACGGCACCGCCGUGGGCGAGUGCGGCAACAACCCGUGCCAGCCCAACCCCUGCAGGAACGGCGCCUCGUGCCAGGCCAAGGAAGCCGAGAUGUUCCACUGCAAGUGUGUCAACGGCUUCUCAGGACCGACCUGUGCGGAUGCACACAACCCCUGCGACCCCAACAAAUGCCACCCGUCCUCCCAGUGCCAGGUCCUGCCAGAGGGCGGCUACAAAUGCGAGUGUCCGAUGGGCCGUGAAGGAAAGCACUGUGACAAAGUGUCCGAUCGCAAAGGCGCAUACAUUCCUGCCUUCACUGGAGACGCCUACCUGGUGCUGAAGGGCCUGCAUCUCUAUGGACAUGACCUUCGUCAAAAGGUCAGCAUGACUGUGGUCCUCAUGGCCAACGAUUCCAACGGUAUGAUCUUCUACAACGGACAAAAGACCGACGGCAAAGGGGAUUUCAUCUCGCUCUCUCUGAAUGACGGUAUCCUUGAGUUCAGAUAUGAUCUGGGCAAGGGACCCGCAGUUAUCAGGAGCAAAGAAAAGAUCAAGCUGAACGUCUGGAACACGGUGAACCUCGAGCGGGCCAACCGCAAAGGCGAGAUCAACAUCAACGGCAAGGACCCGGUCAAAGGAGAGUCACCGAACCAGCACACCGAUCUGAACCUGAAGGAUUCGCUCUUUGUGGGCGGGGCUCCGGACUUCCGGCAGCUGGCGAGAGCCGCCUCGCUGAAGGACGGCUUCAAGGGGGCCAUUCAGAAGAUCACCCUGAUGGGCACCACCAUCCUGAAGCCGGAGAACGCGCUGGACUCGCGUGACGUGUCCAUGUUCAAGAGCCACCCGUGCUCCCAGUCCGCGUGCAUGAACGGCGGUCGCUGCAACCCUCUGCUGGACAGCUUCGAGUGUAUCUGUCAGCCUGGCUACACUGGGAAUCGCUGCCAGAACGUGAUCCAUGAGAAGUCCGCCGGGGAGACCGAGGCCAUCGCCUUUGACGGCCGAACGUUCUUCGAGUAUCACAACGGCGUCACAAAGAGCCAACUGACCAAUGAGAUUCCCGAUCCCGAGUCACUGGAGAACCCUUCUGACCAGAGUGAGAAGGCUCUGCUGGUGAACAAGUUUGAGCUGAGCAUCAAGACGGAGGCCACGCAGGGCCUGAUCCUGUGGAGCGGCAAGGGCGUGGAGCGCUCCGACUACAUCGCGCUGGCCAUCGUGGACGGCCGCGUGCAGAUGACCUACGACCUGGGCUCCAAGCCGGUGGUGCUGCGCUCGUCCGUGCGCGUCAACACCAACCGCUGGAUCCGCAUCAAGGCCAGCAGGGCUCUCAGGGACGGCUCCCUGCAGGUUGGUAACGAGGCCGCGGUGACGGGGUCAUCACCCCUGGCAGCGACCCAGCUGGACACGGACGGUGCUCUCUGGUUGGGUGGUUUGGAGGAAUUGGCUGUGGCGCGUCGGCUGCCGAAGGCCUACAGCACCGGCUUUAUGGGCUGUGUGAAGGACAUGACCGUGGACGGUGUGGAACUGCAUCUGGUGGAGGAUGCCUUAAAUAGUCCCAAAAUAUUACACUGUACCGCCAAAUAGUCAGUCGGUCAGCGCACCACUCCCUCCGAGAAACACGAUGAUGAUAAAAGAAAAGAGGAAAAAAAAAUCGCCAUGUCUACUGCUGUAAUUAUUUUCUAUUUUUGUAUACUUUUCAUCGCUUUUUAUAUUGGGAAAAAAUAUGUCGUUUUAAUUUUUUGAUUGUUUAUUUUUUUUUCUUUUUGGUUUUGUUUUAUUUCUGUUUUUAUUUUCUUAUCUGCACCUCCAUGCGUAACCCCCCUCACCCUGUUAAAUGCAAAUGUACAUGGUGUCACAAGGAAAAAAAUAAGUUGUAUUAUAUAUGUUUUGUUGUUUUAAAACAAAAAAGCAUAACCUUGCUCAUUACUUGAACAGUAACAGAUGACAUUGGUGCUGUGGUCUCUUCUUGAUUGCCUUCUCUUAGUGCCAUUCGCCUCCAUACAGUGCAGUACCUAAACAUUCCACUGGGCAGUUUACUUCAUUCACCAAUACUGCAUUCAACAGGCCAACAUGAACUGAACAAAAAGUCUUCUAUAAGCUUGCUACACAGUUAUGCAUUCUCUGUAACAAAAAAAAAAUCAAAUUGUGUGUAUGGCAGUGUUCCAAAUACCAACGUAGCUGAGACCAUUUUAGACAGAUUUCUCACAAUUUUUUGUUAAUUUGUUGCUGUUUUUUUUGUUUUGUCUUGUUUUAGUUUUGUUUUCAAGCAUUGAAUCCCUCGCUAACACCAAACCUAAAUGCAGAAAUGCUAAUUGUGCGAGAAGAACACAUCAUGUUAGCAAGCAUCAAUCACUUUCAAUUCCCAUUGACGAAAUGUAAAACAACGAAUGCAUCAAAUCCUAAAACAUAAGACUGUGAAUAUGGACGAACAAUGUUUUAAUUUUUUUUCUGUAUGGAUUGUGCUUCACAUGUGUUGUGCAUCAUAAAUUCCGAAAGACAGUAAAUCUACUAACAAACCCGUGUUGCAUGCAGCUCCUAAUGACAGGUUAAUUUUGCAUCGGUUUCAUUGUUUCUGGAUCCGUCUGUUCAGGGCGUCAUUGGCCGCAGCUGUUGUGUCAGAGGUGAGGACACACCAGUGGGCGUGCUCUGUAUUGGAAAAAGGUUCCAACACGUUCCUCUGAUUGAAAAAAAAAAAAAAAAAGAUUUGAUCACCUGAAUAAGAAAAAGUAUAUAAAUAUAUAUAUAAAUAUAUAAAUAUUUAACUUUUUUAUAUUUGUUGUUUGUUAUUCUAAAAGUUUUAUAUUUGUUGGACGUUUAGGAAAAAAUGAAUAGUCAGAGUUGUAAUGGCAACUGGCCAUGUGGAGGCACUGUAGCACAGGCUGAGGAAAUCACAGAAGAGGCAGAGCGUGUGAGAGAGUGAAUCAGACGUCUCCAGGGAGGCUCAAGCGUUGAGAUUUCCCCAGAAUGUUCAGAUGUUACAUAAAGUCCUGAAGUGUUGAACAAUUCACAGCCGUUUUGUUAGUCUAAUUUCAAAUGCAAACAUUACUUUUAGAAAUUGCUCUCAGCUCUCGCUGUGAAAAAAAAGGGAUUAUGUAACACGUUAGGCCCUUGCAUCCUAGGACUGCCGCUGGGAAAACAGCCGUGAAAAUAAAGAAUAUUAAUAAGCAAGCAUACUACAAUAACAAGUGAGAAUAAUGCAUGGGUUUGUAUUGUCAAAAUGAACUUUUUGUAACAUGUCUGUGGACAGAUGCAAUGCAAUUGCUUUUAUUGCUGGCCCCGUGGCCCAAUUAAAAAAUGAACGCAUUUUACUUUGAGAAUACAACGUAUGUUAAAAUACUCUGUGAUAAAAAUCUAACCUAUUUGUUCAAGGGUAUCACAGUCCGGUGAAACUAUCAAUUUGUAAUUAUCCACCCUUGACUUUCCCCACCAGCGAAAGACACCAUUUUGUACAGCCUUGCCAUUUUCCAUGUAAAUUUAACAAUGUGUAACUGUGGAGGUUUUGUUUUAGUAUAAUACACUGGAACCAAUUCUGACUUGUCUGUUCACUACACAUUUAUUUUUUGGUGUUCCUAUGUCUAAGGGGUAGGGAGGGGAUAGGGCGUCAAAAGGACACUUUGUGGGGGUGUUUUUUGUUUGAGUGGUGUUUAGGGGAUUUUCAAGGGUUCCACCUCCAAGGGCAAGAUCUGGAACCUUCUCACGAGUGUGAAAGUUAUAUGAGGAACAUCCACGCAGCAUUGUGAACCAUGCACUGAGUCUGUCAGAAACGAAAAAGCAAUUUCAUUUAUUGUCUUUCUUUUGUUUCACUUGUUUGUUUAUUCCUUGUUUUUUUCUCUCUCUCUCUCUCUGUGGACACACAAACAUUGCUCCUCGAAUGGUCCAAUCACUGAGCAUAAGAAGGGAAAUCCUGUGUGCGUGUGCCUGUGUGUGAUAGAACGUUGCUCAAAAAAAGGACAAUAAGUAUGUGGGCUCACGGAAAUGACCAGACAUAUUAACAGUGGACAUCCAUGGAGGAAAACCUGUCGAAGAAUUGCCUUAAAUCAGAUCACCACUCAACGGUGACCAAAUUGUGUUCCAUACUGUUCUGUGCUCUCACUUUAGCCAGUAUACUAGUCCCAUCCCUGUCAUGUAAAUUAAUACAUUUUGUUGAUAAUAAUAUAAUAAUAACGCUCAUAAUUCCAGAGGGCCUGGUUAAAAGCAAAGAUAUUCUGGCCUCUGCAAAUAUACUAUUUACUGUAUAAAUAUGAUUUUCAGUUUCUUAUUUAUGUCAUAUGGAUUUCCAGACUGGCCUUUGUAAACUACUGUUAUUGAGUGAAAUAUUCCUGAAAGGCAGUGCACAGAAUGAGAGGGGCAUGACGUUACCAUUACUAACUUUAUUACUUGUGUCUUGUGUUCCUACCACCAUGAAAUAAAGUGUAAAAAUCAAAA